CCUCGAUCCUACGAUACUAUAGAGAAAUUAGAGAUGCGAUUCGUUUUUUUGAAGAACGUUUUUCGUGGGAAUACCUAAACAGCGUCAAACGCAGACGUCUUUAUUGGGACACUCUAGACCUGGUAAUGCCGCCUCCAAUGUAUCGCCAAAUGUUUCCUGGCUGCGAAAAGUCGAACGUGUUCAACCGUCUGGGUCUAUACCCAGCUCGGCCAGGGAUAAAGGAUUUUUUUGUGCGCUUUCAUACCGAAGUUUUACCGGUCAAGACCUGGGAGGAACAAAAAGGUUUUUUUCUGCCUUGGGGAGUCAAUUGUGUCAUUUGCCCUGUUCCCGAAACACUGCAACAUACAUUCAUGUAUUGUACUAAUGCAGAACUAUUUUGGGCUCAGCUCCGCGCGGAGCUUCGGAUCGAUCUAUACCCAACCUGGUACAGCAUGAAGUUUCUAGACACACCGGAAAAGCAACAAAGCAGAUGUUACGAGCCCCUGACCCUGAUCGGUUUGCAUGCGAUAUGGAACUCGCGUACUGAUCACACCUUGGUACGAGAACGAGGGAAGUGUGCGUGGCGCCACUUCUUAGAGGGAUUUCACUACACGUCAUCCAUCAUAAAAGAAACUUCGUUCAAGGAGACGGAACACUGGGAGAGGUUCAGGACCCUUUUAAAGCUAUAAGGUCCCGAAGGUAUUGCACUCUUUGGAAAGGUGUGGCUACGCAGACCAACGCGACAAACAGCGUCACGCUGAAAAUGUGCGCACAAUUGUGAGAGGUGUGUCAGAAGUGCUGACCUUUUAGGUUGUAAAUAGCAAAAUGUUUUUAAACAAAUAAAAGCCAA